ACAACGGAUAAACUGUCAGUGAGUGACAGACAUUUUGACAAUUGACUUGACACUAUUGACGUGACGUGUAAACUGAAUCCAUCGGUGCCACAUAAUUUUCUUAUUACAAACAAGAAAAAGCUCAAAAUGAGCGUUUUCAAGCGUGACAAGAAAGAAGAAGAGGAAGGCGGAGGUAACCCCUACCUGAAUUUGGAUAAAACCAUUGUUUUACAAGAGUCUAGAUACUUUAACCAGACUCCGGUCAAUCCGCGAAAAUGCAGCCUUAUUCUGACGAAAAUCUUAUAUUUACUGAAUCAGGGAGAGAAGUUUACAACUCAAGAAGCCACAGAAGCGUUUUUCGCUACCACCAAACUAUUUCAAUCGAAAGACGUGAUGCUUCGUCGAAUGGUGUACCUUUGUAUAAAGGAAUUGAGUACUUUAGCUCAAGAUGUUAUCAUUGUUACCUCUUCUUUGACUAAAGAUAUGACUGGGAAAGAGGAUUUGUACAGGGCAGCGGCUAUAAGAGCUCUAUGUAGUAUCACUGAUAGCACAAUGUUACAGGCUAUUGAAAGGUACAUGAAACAAGCCAUUGUUGAUAAAAACCCAGCUGUUAGUUCUGCAGCUUUGGUUUCUGCGCUUCAUUUAUCUUCUACCGCGCCAGAUCUAGUCCGCCGAUGGGCUAAUGAAGCUCAGGAAGCUAUCGCAUCUGACAACGCCAUGGUAUCUUACCAUGCGCUUGGAGUAGUUGCUGGGUCAAGAAAAAAUGAUAAACUCUCAACUGUCAAAUUAGUGACUCGUCUAGGUCGAUCCCCAUUGAAAUCGCCAUACGCCCUCUGCCUGUUAAUUCGGUUAGCAGCACAGCUCGUAGAAGACGACGACUCUGACGCUUCACAAUCUUAUAUUGAUUUUAUAGAGUGCUGCCUCAGACAUAAGUCUGAAAUGGUCAUAUAUGAAGCAGCCCAUGCAAUUGUCAAUCUAAGGAAAACAGCUAGGGAUCUCGCUCCUGCAGUGUCGGUGUUGCAGUUGUUCUGUGGAUCUUCCAAAGCCAGUUUAAGACUGGCAGGCGCUAGAACGCUUGCUAGAUUAACAGCAAAGCACCCUACAGCAGUAGCUGCAUGUGCUGUUGAUUUGGAAAACCUCAUAUCGGAUCCCAAUCGUUCUGUCGCUACUUUGGCAGUAACAACUUUACUAGCUACUGGUGCCGAAAGCUCUGUAGAUAGGCUGAUGAAGCAGAUAUCGAGUUUCGUGUCUGAAAUCUCUGACGAAUUCAAGAUUGUUGUUGUCAGAGCUAUUCGGCGCCUCUGCACCAAGUUUCCAAGAAAGCACCAGUCCUUAGCCGCAUUUUUAGCUGGUAUGUUACGCGACGAAGGGGGUUUAGAAUACAAAGCGGCAAUCGCUGAUGCAAUAAUCGCUCUAGUUGAAGAAAACCCCGAAGCGAAGGAGACUGGUUUGGCACACUUAUGUGAAUUUAUCGAAGAUUGCGAGCACACUGCUCUGGCUGUUCGUAUUUUGCAUUUAUUAGGUCGAGAAGGCCCAAAGUCCCGUCAACCUUCACGUUACAUUCGUUUCAUUUACAAUAGAGUUAUUCUUGAAUCGGGGCCGGUUCGCGCGGCUGCUGUCUCCGCAGUUGCCCAGUUCGGUGCGCAACGACCCGAACUACUUCCAAACAUAAGAGUUCUUUUGAAUCGUUGUCAGAUGGACGACGAAGACGAGGUGAGAGACAGAGCUAUUUACUACAGCGCUAUCUUGGAUACCAGUGAUCAGGAACUGAUAAACGACUAUAUAGUUAACGUACCUAAACCUAAUCCAGUGUUACUAGAAAAAGCGUUACGUGAUCACUUAGCUACGCAGCCUGAUAAACCUUUCGAUUUGAAUGCGGUUCCGUCUGAGGAAGAGCCUAAGGAGAAUAAGGAGGCGCCAGUCGAGAUCGAAGUCCGCAAACCUUUACAUGAGUCUAUGGAAGAGAUGUACUCUGAGCAGUUGUCGAAAAUACCUGGCAUCGAACGUGCCGGUCCGAUUUUCAAAACCAAUCUCCCGAUUGAUCUGACUGAAGCGGAAACUGAAUAUAGGGUUAAAUUACUCAAACAUGUAUAUGCUCGUCAUGUGGUUUUACAAUUCGAAUGCGUGAAUACACUAAACGAUCAAAUAUUGGAGGACGUUCACGUUCGUUUAGAGGUGCCCCCGGAGUACGAGAUAAAAUCAAUAGUCCCAUGCCAGAAAUUAGUGUGCGAUAAGCCGGGAAGCGUUUUUGUCGUUGUAGAAUAUCCGUGCGCUUUCCUAGACAGUUUGGGGACUUUCGGCGCGACUUUAGAGUUCACCGUUAGAGAUUGCGAUCCAAAUACUGGCGUGCCGGAACCAGGAGAUGGUUAUGCUGACACGUAUCCUUUGGAAGAGUUCGAUAUGGGCUGUUCUGAUCAGAUUAGAGCUAGAGCGGCGGCAGAUGAUUGGGAUCAGACGUGGGAGCGGUCAUCGAAUGCACCUCAAGCUUCAGAUACGUUCGUUUUGCCGCAGAAUAAUGCUAACGAUGCGGCGAAGGCAGUUUGUGAACAUUUAGGUUUGCCUAAAGCUGCGAUUGUAGGGGAAGCUGUCAAGGAGAUUAGGGGAGGCGGAAUAUUCAGGGGUGGGGCUCCAGUACUUGUCAGAGCGAGGUUGGUUUUAGGCCCUGAAGGUGUUACUAUGCAGUUAGCCGCUAGGUCUCCAAGGGAAGAUGUCGCGCAACUUCUUCUAGCCGCUGUUGGUUAAUUUUUUAAGCAUUAGCCAAGUGAUGUAUUCUUCUAAAUGAGUCUAGGUUAUUUAUAAUAAAAUCGAUGUUCAAACUAUGUUUUUCAAUACAUAUAUUAUCAUUUUGUUACAAAUUGACAAAGGAUGGUAUUACAUAUGUGGGAAUAAUUCAAAAACACCUAAAUAAGUGUAUCAGUAGAUUUUAGUAAUCUUUACUGUCAUUGCCUUAGAUGUCACUUUUUUUAAAGCUAACUUAACUUCCAAUAUAUAUUCACUACUUCUGAAGAUUCAUAAUACUGUUCAAGAUGUCUGCUGAUAUUUCAAUUAUAUAAUUCAAACGAGGACUUGAU